AUGACAGCCUCGGUUAAACAGGAUCGCUUCUCAAAUGUUAAUUUACUGUAUUCAAUCCAGGAUAAAUACCAGACCAAUCAGGACCAAUCAUUUCAUUCAAACCAAUCAAAUUUAUCUACUACAGGAAACUACAAUGCAUUGAAAUCUUUAUCUAUGUUACCUCCUCCAAGUAUGGGAAUGGCCACAAACUCAGACGUUGGUACCAAAAAUGAUAUGGGAUCUGUUUCUUGGUAUAAUAACCCCAAAAAGAAGUCUAAUCUACAUAAUAACUUGUCUAAGAGAUCCCUAUUGCUUAGAUCUACUGGAAAUGAGAAUAAAUCUGAAACUUCUUCCGGUAUACACCUAAAGAACAAUGGAUUUAACUUGGCUGAUUUUAGUAAGAAAGACUCAAGUGAUCUAUUACAGAAAAAAGAUAAUCUCGGUGCUACUGAUAUAUAUAAUAGCACAACAGACUAUCCUCCAACUACAUCCUUGCAUGACUGGCAAAGAGAAGACGAGUUUGGUAUUGUUCAAACAGCUUCAAAUACAUCGAAUUAUGGUGAGCCCAACAGUAAGUCUUAUCAUAACAACAGUUAUGGUGGGUUAAUCAAAACCCCUAAUGUUUUUGACAAGAGUGGCCAAAGCAGUGGUUACAAAUUAUCAUCCACCAUUGGUAAAAACAAUACGGAUGUUAACAAGAAUGACAAUAAUUCCGCGAUAUACAGUGAAAGUGCCGUUAUUGUGUUCGGCUAUCCAGAAUAUUUAUCAAAUCAAGUCAUCACACAUUUUUCUCACUUUGGUAAUAUUUUGGAAGAUUUUGAAAUUCUUAGGAGCUCAACAGGUAUAAACAAUAAUACUUUCAGAUUACACGCCAACUUGAACGCAUUACAAGAAGGCAGUAUGAGUACAAAACUGCCUAUCUUUACAGGUGAAGGAUGGGUAAAAAUAACGUACGACUCUCCUACUUCUGCGUUGCGUGCAUUGAAAGAAAACGGUACAGUAUUUACUGGGCAUUUGAUCGGUUGUAUCCCGUACAGUAAGAGUGCUGUCGAGCAGCUAGCCUUAAUCUCAGUUGAUAAGUCAGAUGAUAUUGGCAGUAUAGAUUUAGGACAAAUUAAUAAGUCAGUUAACGAAGACAGUAGGAAUAAAGGUAGCAAUGGUAAGGUAUAUCCUUCGUUAGGUUCGGUUGACCAUAUUGAACCCAUAAAUGGAAGGCAAAAGGAAGCUAACAUGAAAAGCUUUGGAACACCUAUAAUAAAUAAUAAUCAGCAGUACUUGGAUCAUUCAAUAAUGGCUCAUCCAAGACAUAAGUUGGAUAUACAGGACGGUAAAUCCUUAUUUGUUCAUAACUCGAGUCACCAUAAGACACAAUUUCUUGAUAACAUUGAAAAGAAGAUCAAGGAAAAAGAAGCUAAUAAGAAUGAGUCAGGUUCUUGGUCAGGCCGAUUGACUAAUUGGGUAUUUGGGUGGGACAAUAUAUAG